AACCGUGUGUAGGACAUUUAUACGUAAUAUCUGACUAAUUGAAGACGACGCGUGUACUUGGCCACCGUCCAACGCUCGCUUUCGCUUAAACGGCGGAACUUUCGAAGCGUAUAACUCAGUCAGAAACCAUUCUUCUUCUAUUAAUUGAGAGUUUUUAACCGCGAGCAGUUAUUUCGUUUCAUUGAUUAUGAGGACUAGGCGUCUCAAACUUGCCUAUUUCUUUAUAGUUUCAUGAAAAGGUCAAUUUUUUACGGGUGACACGGCCCAUCGGUAACUUUUAGUGUCACCCAUGUUUGGGUGGCAAUUAAAGUGUUGAGCGACUUGAAGUACAGUAACUUGAAAUGAAGCGUGACAAAAGUUGAUCGACGCGAAGCGAGCGUCGAUCGUCGCUUUCUGCGAACCUUUCUCAGGGAUAUGUCAACAACGUGUCGUAGGAAUCGCGCUUGAGAAGGCCUGAUUCCGUUUGCGUGUUUUCCGUACGGCAUUACGUAUAACGAGCAAUCGCGAGUAGUAGUGCCAAUCGUGGAAUUAACAUGCACCCGCACAGUGCAGUACGAGCUUGAAACCAUCGUUAACAAGUUACACGCCGAUUCAAUGGCACCAGCACUAAUCUGUCGAUCGAUACACCUUGCGGAGGAAUGCUGCUAACUUUAUUCAGGUUGACCAUGAUCGUUCCGCUACUAAUCAGCGCAGUUUACCAAGUCGAAGCCAACCGCGAAAAAUUAUCGUUCGUUCCGUCGAAGGAAAGCAAAUCAGUGGAUGAAUCGCGUUUGACGCAAAGUGCUGCCCUUUCGAACCAGGAUUCCAUUUCCGAAGAUAAUGAUUCGGAGUUCGAGGAGGAGGUACGCAAGGUGGAUAAUGAACGAGAGAUGAGAUCGGGUCGAAAUAGCGUCGGUUCGGCGGAGAACAGAUUCGCGAGGUCCGAGGGUGGUAAUAGAGGGUUGGCGCACAAGAUGGCCAAGGACGCGCUCAAAUCGCCGAAGAUGCAGGAGACGAUGAGAAGACUGUCGCACGUGAAAUCGCCAAAGGGGAUCCUGCACGCGUCGGUGAAAGUGCCUGGAGUGAAGAUCGGCCCGAAGAUCACCGAGGAUGGGAGGCGCAGCAAGGACGCGAGGCACAAGGGACGGAGGAAGAAGAAGAGAAAAAGGCACCACCGAAAAUUCAGAACGCAACACGCCGGCUCGUUAAAGAGGGGAUCCUCUAAGAAUCAUCCGAGAAUUGAGCGUUUGUUAAGACGAGAUCCGCGAGUACUUGGGGCUGACGAUCCGACGCUCGGUUACCAGACUAAUUACGGGUCGCCGGAUGAUUAUCGGAACGAAAAUUACGACGCCUCGUAUCCGGUGAACGCGGCGGCUUCGGGGCAAGUGCCCGGGGACAACGACGUUCCCGAGUCACGGUAUAACGACGAUUUCGAGCCGAUCAACACGAAAAUUUACGACCCGAAUGAAGUCCAACAGCCGUCUGAACAGGAGAUUCCCGAUCGUUUGAAUUAUUUAAAUCAAUACGAGAUACCGGAACAUUUGCAAAGCUUGAGCCCGAGCGAGCCUGUGGACACGGAUAUAAACGAAGCUGUCGAACCGCAACCUCCUCAAUUGCAAACUUUCAACUACCAACCGGAAGCGAUUCUACCACCGGCUGACGAUUUUCAACAGAAUAUCGCGAAUCAACCGUCGUUGGAGAACGUGAGAGUUCCGAGUUUGAAAGAAGAGGACGCGGAAUUCCGCACGCAGCCGAGUUACACGCCGCUCCAAUUGUACGGGAAUCAUGACGAAGCGGAUGAAGCGUUGAGAAAUUAUCUGAUACAAUCGAAGUACAAUUAUCCAUCGAUUAACAUGCCUAACGCUAUGGAUGAACCUCUCGGUAAAAUCUUAGAGUCGCUUGGGAUUAAUGUGAACGGCGGCGGUUCGAAUAGUUUCAACCAAAAUCCGAGUUUGAGUGAAGGCGUGAAUCAUCAGAUCACGCCUUACGCGUUGGAACACUUGAUAAGUCCCAAUUAUUUGAAGAAGAAGCCGCAGAAAGAGAUUAGCAAUUAUUACGAGGGUAAUAACGCGAGGGGAUCUGAAUUCGAGGCAAACAGACUGAGGAAUCGUAACAAUAUUAGGGAGGGCUAUCUGAGGAGGCACUCGCAGAAUGGGGAAUACGGUGACGAUAUUCUGAAGCAACUGGAAGAGGAGAGACGUCCUACGCACAAUAUGAAUAUUUCCAUCGCGGUUCAUGACACGAAAGAAGUCGCUAAUCAAAUACUCGAUACCAUAAUGGAGGAGCUGGAGGAACUGAAGGCGGAUAAGUCGAAAAAUAAUAAGAGAGAAGGCUUACCUUGCCGUUUGUCAGGGUCCUGGUCAACAGCUCAGGCUGGCGUGAAGAUGGAUAUGAAGGUUGUGAAUCGCACGAUAACCGUGACGCUCUCAGAGCUAACGGGACAGCCUCUCCACGAAAGCUUGCUGAACGCAACCUGGAACAUAUCCGGUCACGUCCCGUUCAAACGUGGUGCGCCGUUCAGCCUGACUGCCAUUGAUAACUCGACUAGUUCCAUAGCCGUGUUUGUCGGUUCCUGCAAAGUAUGCCAAGGUGUCGAUACCAUUGCGGGCGUUUGGUCGAUCGCCCGGCAGCCGAAGGGUUGCAGAGACUUUCAAGUAGCGACCACCGUCUUCAACGAUAUCUUCCGUAAAUCGAAAUUGUCCAGUCUGAAGGAGAAAGGCGCGAAUUCGACUGAUAACACAACGAAGCACGAGAAGAGAAAAAGCUAGGAAAAAUUCUGGAGAUCUCCCGAAACGUAUGACACGGAAAAAGCGACCUGAGUCGGGGUGAAGGGGAACGUUGGAAUCCAAGUGGAC